AUGGAAGGAGCUGAUCGUGCGUACGCAUCCACGUUCAGGCAAAGAAUGGAUGAUAUUCUGCAUACAAACAUCGAGUCAGCACACGAUGGAAGCACCCCACGUGCCUCGCAGCGCAAUUCACCAGAACUAGCACUAGGACCGCAGGAUUCUGCAUCGCAAGUUGGAGGACCAGCAUCCCCAACCCCAUCACUCUUACCCGCCUAUGUUCCCCCCAUCUGGGAAUUUGACGGACACCAGUUUGAGCAUCUAGAAGAUGCACUCAGACAGUCUGCUCCAGGAGAAGUCCCGGACCACAUCCGCGAAUGGGUUAUUGUGGCAAUGAAGCUCACGGUCAGUACCGAAGUCGCCAAGGUCUACAAUGUGCUCGGAAACAAGAUGUACGAGCACAAGAAAGCCUUCGAGUCACUGAUCCAAAACAACAAGAGCGAACACCGACUCAAGGAGGGAAUGCUCCAGAUGGAGAUCGGGAAGCUCAAGGAUAGGAUCCUCGUGCAAGAUGCGCAUAUGACAGUUUUGAACGAUGAGCUCACGGGAACCCAGGUGGCAAUGCUCGAUACAGGCAAAGAAAUGAUGGAAAUCAAGGCAGCUAACAUCAAGCUGCGACAUGAGCUAGCUUCGCUCAAAGCAAGCGGCGUCACUCCUCCACACUACUCGGGCAAAGGAAGUCUGGAGGAUUGGCUCCAACAACUCGGUAUAUGGAUGUGGUGGAAUGAGAUCAAUGACGAUGAGCACAAGAUCACCAUGGCCCUGCUGCAUUUGGAAGGUGGUGCGUUCACAUACAUGUCCGAAUAUGCGACCAGAGCAGCAGCACGGCAGGCACUUGGCACAUGGGAAGACUUCAUCAACAUUCUCAAAGUGAACUACAGAACCCUCGACCCGGACAAGGAUGUGCAGCAGCAUCUGAAGGAUAUCUGUGGCAAGACGUAUCCCACGAUGGUAUCCUUUGCAGAACAGUUCUGCCAAUGGGCCACUAAGAUCAACUUAGGGCACACUGCACUCAUCGGUUACAUCGCUGAACACUGA